GGAGAGGAGGAAGGUCGUGGAGAGGAAAAGCUACUAUAGAGGUCCCGUCUGGCCGCCGCUCCCUCUCUUCCCAAAUCAGCGGAACCUUGACCUCGCCGACAUGGAGACGGAGAUGGAGGUGGAGGCGGAGUGGAUCGGCGGCCUGGACGAGAUGGAGGCGGGGACCGCGGGAAAGGGGGUCGUCCUCCCAGAGAACGCCGCCGACCUCGACGAGAUGGAGGCGGAGGGGACCGCCGACGGCGGAGCGACAGGGACGACGGAGGAGAAGGAGUGCUGGGAGUACGAGGCAGAGUGGGAGUACGAGCAGGCCCUCACCUUCCGCGAUAGCUGGAUUUCCAUCUGGGGCGACCAAUUCGGCUCCUUCGAGGAAACCACCGCCAUUCAGCCCAUGCGCUACACGGACGCAGAGGCUCCAGGGGGCUACGCCCAGCCCCUCGAUUCCCUGCAGAUCUACUCCAUCAAAGUCGCGGACAUCAGAGGGGGCCUGCGUUGGCCCAUCCAUGUCUACGGCAUGAUCGCCGCGCGCGACGUCGUCGACAGAAACCGCAACAUCGUCUUCCACCGCUCCAGGGAUCACUGCCAAACCCUCACCAAAGAGGAUUCGUGCUUGGUAAUGACAGGUCCUACCCGUCCCAUUGUUAUGUUGGGUGCCAUGAACUUUGAGAUUACGCUAAAAGUGAAGGAAGGCAGCACGGAGUCUAGGGAUAAAGUUUUAAGCUUCCUGGCUGUUCCUCAUGACACUGUUAACUGUUUGGAGCUCUCCUGCGCAACAGAUAGGAAAUACAUCAGCAAGCUCAGCACACUGGAGUUUACAAUGAGUCAAAUUGCUCGCUCCGUGGAGGCGACAAUCAGCGUGCAAAUGGUCGAUGGGUCGUCAUGGCCACACGGUGUCCGAGGUGAAUUUUCCGCCUGUACCACCAGUAUGGCCGACAGGAAAGUAGUUCUACUCGAUUCUGGAAGCGAGAAGGAAGUGGAGGUUGGUGCAGAUGGCAUGAUCCAGCUAUCUAGGUGUGUCGCUUCCGUCGAAUUCACCGGAGAGCUGAAGGUUUGUGUGGUUGCAUGGUGGCAAGGCGAGGUGAAACCCAAGAAAGCUUGGAAGGUUUUCAAGCCCAAGAAAGCUGGUAGGAACUAUGGCACCUUCAAUCUUGGCCGCGCGUGUAAGGUGAAAGUCACCGUUGCCUGGUCGCUUCUUUCCUACUAUCCGGUUAACCGCCCCAAUAGUCCUUACGGUUCACUGGCUUUACUCAGGGAGGCAGAGGGACAGAGUACUGUCUAGCAGUGUUAGAGUUGUGAUAUACUUCUGGUGCGCCUUGUUCGGGCGUUGCAUGAACACAUGAAGUUUAGAUUGUACUAGUAGUAAUCAUGUGUUGUAGUUUCUUCGAAUCCCAUGGCCAACUUUGUGUGGAUGCGAAGAAGCGCUAUGGGUUGAGUUGCUUUGGUGGCGUCCAUCGUUUGCAUGGACAAGUGUGGUGCCAAAAUGGUCGUUUACAAAAUGAAGAAGAAUUUGUAGGUCCCCGCAACUUUCAUAAGUCCUUUACUGAGCUACCAUGUUCUACUUUGGAUAA